GAUUUCUAGAAUUUAGGAAAUCUCACGUUUACCACUUAUCUGUGGUGUUGAAAUGCAAGGGUAGCCUUGGUUUUUCACUACAUCUUCAAAAUUCCAGGGCCAGCUAGCACUUCUUUUCUCUAUAGAAGUUUAAAACUUAACCACUCUACUUUUUUCUUUUAAAGAUUUUACACAAAGAAAGAUACAUUGAGAGAGAUUGGCCAUGAGGAGAUCGAAUGCAAGCGACUAUUUUGAGUUUGAUACAGAAGGGGGCAAUGCUGAGUCGUUUCAUAGACCGUCAAACGCAGAGGUGGUUCUGCAAGAUGAGGAAGAUCUUAUGUGGGAAGCAAUCUCUCGAUUGCCAUCAAUGAAACAAGGGCGUUUCGCAAUUUUGAAAAGGACUUCGUCGGAGAUUGAACAUGAUACAGAAGGAGAAAGAGAAAGUGGAACUGCGGAGACGAUUGAUGUGACGAGGCUUGAUCGAUCUAGAAGAGAACUAGUUGUAAAGAAAGCGUUGGCUACCGAUGAUCAAGAUAAUUAUAAGCUUCUCUCUGCCAUUAAAGAUCGCCUUGAUAGAGUUGGAUUGGAGGUGCCAAAGGUUGAAGUAAGGUUCCAGAACUUAAACAUCGAAGCCAACGCUCAAAUUGGGUCAAGAGCUUUACCUAAUUUACUCAACGUUGCUCGCGACUUCUUCGAGCGUAUCCUAAUAGGAUUGAGGAUUUUGCGUCCUAAUAAAUGUCGGUUACACAUAUUGAAAGACAUCAGUGGUAUUGUUAAGCCAGGAAGGAUGACGUUGCUUUUAGGACCACCAGGAUCGGGCAAAUCCACCUUGCUUUUAGCUCUUGCUGGGAAACUUGACUACAAAUCUUUGAAGGUCAGUGGUGAUAUUACAUACAAUGGCACAAACCUCAAUGAGUUCUAUGUAAGAAGGACUUCAGCAUACAUUAGCCAAACAGAUAAUCACUUACCAGAGCUAACUGUUCGAGAAACAUUUGAUUUCGCUGCUAGGUGUCAAGGUGCAAGCGAGGGCAUGGCAGGGUGUAUGAAGGAAUUAACCAAAUUAGAAACAGAAAAUAAUAUACGCCCAACUCCGGAGAUUGAUGCUUUCAUGAAGGCAUCAUCUGUCGGGGGUAAAAAGCAUAGCAUUUCAACAGAUUAUAUCUUAAAAGUGCUUGGCCUUGACGUAUGUUCAGAAACAGUCGUCGGAAGUGACAUGCAAAGAGGUGUCUCCGGUGGACAAAGAAAAAGAGUUACUACAGGAGAAAUGAUUGUUGGGCCAAGAAAAACUCUUUUUAUGGAUGAAAUAUCCACUGGACUUGAUAGUUCUACAACAUUCCAAAUUGUAAAAUGCGUGAAAAAUUUUGUUCAUCUAAUGGAAGGAACUGUACUCAUGGGUCUACUACAACCUGCACCGGAGACAUAUGAGCUAUUUGACAAUAUAAUGUUCAUAUCUGAGGGAUAUAUGGUGUAUCAAGGCCCUCGAGAAGAUGUUUUGGAAUUCUUUGAGUCAUUAGGAUUCAAAUUGCCACCGCGUAAGGGUGUUGCAGAUUUUCUUCAAGAGGUGACCUCUAAAAAAGAUCAAGCUCAAUACUGGGUUGAUCCAUCGAAGCCAUAUGAGUUCAUUCCUGUUUCAAAAAUGGCGGAUGCAUUUAAAAAUUCUAGAUUUGGAAGGUCUCUAGAGUCAACACUUAAUGUUCCAUAUGAUAAAUCUCGGAUCCAUCCUUCAGCUUUGUCCAAAACAAAAUAUGCUGCACCAAAAUGGGAACUUUUAAAAUCGUGCUUUGCACGAGAAAAACUACUGAUCACUAGGCAUCGUUUCCUUUACAUCUUCAGGACAUGCCAGGUGGCAUUUGUGGCAUUUGUGACGAGCACACUAUUUUUCCGAACAAGACUACAUCCUAGAGAUGAGAAUGAUGGCAACCUCUACCUCUCAUGCCUUUACUUCGGGGUGGUGCAUUUGAUGUUUAAUGGAUUUACUGAGCUACCCCUUAUGAUAUUUCGACUCCCAGUAUUUUACAAACAACGAGAUAAUCUAUUUCAUCCUCCAUGGGUAUGGUCUAUCGUCAGUUGGAUUAUACGUGUACCUUACUCUGUUUUUGAGGCUGUAGUAUGGUCUUGUGUUUCGUACUUCACUGUUGGUUUUGCCCCUUCUGCUGGGAGAUUUUUCCGCUUCCUGUUAUUAAAAUUUGUAGUACACCAAAUGUCAAUUGGUCUAUUUCGAACCUUGGCUGCUCUUGCUCGAGAUAUAGUCGUCGCCAAUACCUUCGGCUCAGCUGCACUUUUAAUUGUAAUGUUAAUGGGUGGAUUUCUUAUGCCUAAAGACCAGAUUAAGCCAUGGUGGGUUUGGGCUACAUGGCUAUCACCGUUACAGUAUGCGCAAAGAGCAAUAUCUGUUAAUGAAUUCACAGCCACGAGGUGGAAAAAGAUAUCUGCUACUGGAAACAAUACAGUUGGAUACAAUGUGCUUCAUUCACAUGCUCUACCUUCUGCUGGAUAUUGGUAUUGGCUUGGAGUUGGUGUGUUAAUAGGUUAUGCCCUGCUUUUCAACAUCAUUGUGACUCUGGCCCUAGCCUACCUGAAUCCUUUAGGUAAAGCUCCGGCAAUUGUACCUGAUGACACGGAAAAUAGUGGUGCUGAAAACGUAGAGUUGGAAUCGGCUUCUCCAUCUGCUCAGGGCAGUAGUAAGAAGGGAAUGAUUCUUCCAUUUGAACCAUUAGCAAUGACUUUUCAUAAUCUCAAUUACUUUGUGGAUAUGCCUGCGGAAAUGAGUGCACAAGGCAUACCUGAAACGAGAUUGCAGCUCCUCUCAAAUGUUAGUGGAGUAUUCACUCCAGGUGUUCUUACGGCCUUAGUCGGGUCCAGCGGAGCGGGAAAGACUACAUUGAUGGACGUGCUUUCCGGGAGGAAAACCGGUGGAUACAUUGAAGGGGAUAUUAAGAUAUCAGGAUACCCAAAGGUACAGGAAACAUUUGCCAGAAUUUCAGGAUAUGUUGAGCAAAAUGAUAUACAUUCUCCUCAAGUCACAGUUGAGGAGUCUCUCUGGUUUUCCUCCAGUCUUCGUCUUCCCAAAGAAAUUAGCAAAGACCAGAAAAUUGAGUUUGUUGAAGAAGUGAUGCGUUUGGUAGAGCUUGAUACACUAAGGAAUGCUAUAGUUGGUUUACCAGGUAGCAGUGGCUUAUCAACAGAGCAAAGAAAACGUUUAACUAUUGCGGUGGAGCUUGUUGCAAAUCCUUCCAUUAUAUUCAUGGAUGAGCCUACAUCUGGACUUGAUGCACGGGCUGCAGCAAUUGUGAUGAGAACUGUUCGUAAUACUGUUGACACUGGAAGAACUGUGGUGUGCACUAUUCAUCAACCCAGUAUUGACAUUUUUGAAGCAUUCGACGAGCUGCUGCUUUUGAAACGAGGAGGUCGGGUUAUAUAUGGAGGGAAACUUGGAGUGCGCUCGCAGAUUUUGAUAGACUAUUUCCAGAGCAUUGAUGGCAUUCCCUCUAUUCCUGAUGGAUACAACCCGGCAACCUGGAUGCUUGAGGUUACAAAUCCUGCAGUAGAGCAGAGAACUGAUAGAGACUUUGCAGAUAUAUACCAAAAUUCUGAACAAUAUAGGGAAGUGGAAGGUUCCAUUACACGUUUGAGUGUUCCACCACCUGAUUCACAACCUUUAAAGUUUUCUUCCAUCUAUUCACAAGACCAACUGUCUCAGUUUCUGAUUUGCCUCAAGAAGCAAAGUCUUGUGUACUGGAGAAGUCCACGUUAUAACUUGGUGAGACUGGUUUUCACAAUGGUGUGCGCACUAAUAUAUGGCUCCGUCUUUUGGGAUGUUGGUAACCAAAGGCAUACAACUAAAGGUUUGUUUAUGGUUAUGGGUGCCCUUUAUUCCUCAUGCAUAUUUCUUGGUGUCAAUAAUGCUUCCUCAGUACAGCCAAUUGUAUCCAUCGAAAGAACAGUAUUCUAUAGAGAGAGAGCAGCAGGAUUUUAUGCUCCAAUUUCUUAUGCUGCAGCCCAGGGUCUUGUGGAGCUCCCAUACAUUCUUGUUCAAACAAUUUUGUUUGGAGUCAUCACAUAUUUCAUGAUUAAUUUUGAAAGAACAGCCAGAAAAUUUUUUCUUUAUCUUCUCUUCAUGUUUCUUACCUUCACAUAUUUCACCUUUUAUGGUUUGAUGGCUGUUGGUCUCACACCUUCUCAGCAUACGGCAUCAGUCCUCUCUUCUGCCUUUUACUCUUUAUGGAAUCUCCACUCUGGUUUUCUUGUCCCAAAGCCAAGAAUUCCAGGAUGGUGGAUCUGGUUCUAUUACAUUUGUCCUGUUGCAUGGAGCUUAAAGGGUAUUGUCAGCUCUCAGCUUGGCGAUGUCGAAACCAUGAUUGUUGAACCAACAUUUAAAGGCACUGUGAAAGAGUAUGUAUCAACAUCCUUCGGUAUUGAUGUUGGGAUGAUGGGGACUACAGUGGCAGUGUUACUCGGCUUUUGCAUCUUAUUUUUCAGCGUCUUCGCUUUAUCAAUAAAAUUUCUCAACUUCCAAAAAAGAUGAGCAAUGAAUUACGGAGCUAUGGUCUACAGUUUAAGUGGGACAAAGCCAAAUAGAUGCAUCAAAAGCAAGUAUCAUUCCCAACAUUCCUUAAUGACAUCUAUUUAAAGGGGCAUUAACCUACCAACUCACCCAACCACUCGGUACAACAUUGGGGAAAAAGAGAAGACACUUAACCCAAUACACUUUAGCUUCUUCUUAAUGUUGCCAUCGCCACAGGAGUUAGUUGAGUCUGUGAAUCUUGUAAACUUACUGCCAUCUUGAUUAUCCAAUCUUAUAUUUAUCAUUUUUUAUAUAUAAAAGCAAGAUGCUCAAGUUUUUCAUUA